CAUUAGGGUUUCAGAGUUUGGAGCGAGAACUGGCGAUUCGGAGAGAGAGCGCAUUUUUUCGAGAGCCACAUCUGGAUUGAUUGCUGCUCCCCGUUGCAGAUCAUCACUUUAAUUGCCCCUCUGACCAUCCAUGAACAUAUUAGGUAUAUUUUCCAGCAGGGGUGGUCAGCACCAGCAGCAGGGACAACCUCCCCCUCCCGCACAGAGCUGGUACCCUCCUUCAGUUGCAUCUCCAUCUAGUAGCCAACCAACUCGCGCGCCACCACCUCUUCCUUCUCCAAAUUUAGGCGCUCAUACCUCAGGAAAUAAUCCUCAUUCUCGGACGGCUAUUACUGAAGCACGCCCAACUUCGGUUGGCCAUCCUUCAAGUACUUCAGCUGGAUCCUAUACUGGAGGUUAUUCAACACCAACUAGUGCGUCGGCUUCGUCUUCCAUGUCAUAUCCGUCAAAUGCAGCGCCUCCUAAUUCUGUAUCAAGCUUGAAAGAAAAGAGUCCAGAGGAGCUGACCAGAUUGCUGAAUGAUAAAGAUGCAUAUAAUGCGUUUCUACACUCACUUGAUGAAGUGAGGCGGCUGGAUACGAUUGCCGCUGAACUGAAGAAGUCUACUAUAGAUGAAUCAAGAAACAAUUUGGCUAGGGAGUCGGAACUCGCUGAGCUCAGGACUCAGUGCAUGAUCAUAAGGAAUACAGAGCUUGCUGCUAGUCGAGAAAAGUUUGAGGAAGUUGAUAGGCGGUACAAGGAGGUGCAAGCCAAUUGCUCGCCAUCUGUCCUUCUUUCAAAACUUCAGGAUGCUGUAAAUGAAACUGAUGAAGAAUCUGAGAAUCUGCAUCGCGAAUUUCUAGCAGGAGAAAUAGAGCUCCUUGAAUUCAUUCAAACGUAUCGCAAGCAGCGUAUCCUCUAUCACAGACGUUCGCUGAUCCGCAUGGCGAUGCUUUCCUCUAUGAGCACUUCUGGGUAGCCUCUGUCGCAUUCUAGUGUACGCACUUACGUACCUAGUUGUACAGUGGAUUUAUUAGCCCACACCUGGUAUACGAUGUCGAUCCAGUUCUUUUUCCAACACAACUGUUGAUCGGGCCCUAAUGGAUGCCUGGAUAUGACGACGGUGGUUGUAAUUGUGAUGUGUAACCGAGAAUAUAGAAAUAAUGUAUCAGUUUUUCCAGGGUGCAAGUUCUCGUGCUUUA